AUGGGGGUCAUAAGGAAGAAGACUGGUGGUCGGGGAAGUGAAGGGGGCGUCAAGUAUAUAUGUGAUGUCUGUUCAGUGGACAUCACCUCAACUGUUCGGAUACGAUGCGCCCAUUCCACCUGCAACGAGUACGACCUAUGCGUCCAGUGCUUCGCGAAGGGCGAGGCGAGCGGCAACCACCAGCCUGCUUCACAUCCUUACCGUGUAAUCGAACAAAACUCUUUUCCGAUAUACGAUGAGGACUGGGGUGCAGAUGAGGAACUGCUGCUUCUGGAGGGCUGUGAGAUAUAUGGACUCGGCUCUUGGGCCGACAUCGCAGAUCACAUCGGCGGGUAUCGCACCAAAGACGAGGUUCGCGAUCACUACGAGAAGGUCUACAUAGAAUCUUCACGAUUCCCACUUCCGGAACGAUGCAGUCCGCAAGAUACAUCAUUAGCCAUGGCGACCACCAGGGAAGAUUUCCAGGCACGGAAGAAGCGACGAAUCGAGGAACGAAAAGAGGCCAUCAAGAACGCCCCGGCGCCCCCUCCCAAGACGAAGCCUACAGCUAGUGUUCCUUCCUGUCACGAGAUCCAAGGCUAUAUGCCGGGGCGGUUGGAGUUCGAGACAGAACACGCAAAUGAGGCAGAAGAGGCUGUUCAGCUUAUGCAGUUUGACCCGGGUGACGGAAUCAACCCCAACACCGGCCAGCUCGAGCCCGAGAUGGACUUGAAGUUAACUGUCAUGGACAUUUACAACGCCAGACUUACACAGCGCGUCGAGAGAAAGAAGGUCAUUUUUGAGCACAAUUUGCUUGACUAUCGAGAAAAUACAAAGCUCGACAAGAAGAGAUCGAAGGAAGAAAGGGAUAUUCUCAACAAAGCAAAGCCAUUCGCACGGAUGAUGAACCACAAGGACUUUGAGGAUUUGAACCAUGGUCUCAUUGAUGAGCUGAAUUUACGAACUGCUAUUGCACAGCUGCAGGAGUGGCGGAAUCUGGGAAUUGGCAGUCUCCGCAGCGGGGAGAAAUAUGAACACGAGAAGGCACAGCGGCUACAAAAACAGAUUCCGAUGGGCUCAAUGGAUCGCGACCGGCUGGCAGUGCAGCAACGGAACAAACCACAGCCACCCCCCGAUCCACCAAGCGGAGCCUCUCUGCUAGUUGCCCCGGAGCUACCGAUCCGAAUGGCGACCAAGAGUGGUGGGGUGAACGGCAUAGUCAACGGGGAAACCAAACUUACUAAUGGCGAUCAUGCCAACGGCGUGAAUGGGGCCAUCGUGGUGAACGGCAUGGAGCCGAAGCCAAAACACAUGCCGCAGGCCAUCUCUGGUAUUACCCCUGUGCCGAUGAGUCAGGAGAGCGCGCCCGAUGCUCAUCUUCUCACGCCCGAGGAGGUCAAGUUAUGUGAGGUGUGUCGCCUGCAGCCGAAGCCGUGGCUAAUGAUGAAGGCCGAGAUUAUCAGGGAAGCCACCAAGGGCAACGGACUGCUCAAGAAGAAGCAGGUGAAGGAGAUCUGCAAGGUGGACCCGCGGAAGGGUGGCAUGAUUUUCGAUUGCAUGGUUGCGUGGGGAUUCAUAGGCAAGGCUUGA